GUUAGUGUUGUACAUUUCGGGGUGUUGGUUGUAAUUGUGUGUUCGCUUGAAACGUUGAAGCAUUUUGCAUGCACGCUAUUAGCCAAUUAUAGUGACAGAUUGGUAACACAAAUUAGCAGCGCAUGCCAUGAGAAUUAUACAACAGUAACCCAUUUCGAGUAGAGAAGAAAAAAUAAAAAACAAGCCAAGUUUUUUGCGAAAAAAGUUAAUUAUCUAAUAAAAGAAAAAGUAAGCGAGUCGUAAAAAAAGUGAUUACACUUAAUUAAGUUGAGCGGCUUUUAUCGUAGCGUAACGGAUAGAAUUUGCAAGUAAUUUUUUGUUUUUCCUGAAAUCAAGCUAACCUUCGUAAAAAUAUAUAAAGUAGAGCAACGUAGUGAGUAGCUUUUGCUGGAUAACAAGAAAACAGGCAACGGAAAAUCUUUUGUAGAAAACAAAAAACAGUCAUCAAUAACUGCCAUCAAAUCAAAUUUGGAUAAAUCAUUUGCGUUUCAGAAUAAGCAAUUUGCAGUUCAGCCACAGCCACAGGAUGUCUCUUUUGGGUGGUAACAGUCAUUCCAUAUCCGAGGAGGAGAUUGAUGAAUAUUCCGAUGGCACAGUGAAGCUGCGUAAUUCCAACAUAGAAUUAAUGGACCAAGACAUACUUUAUCAUCUCGCUUUGGGCAGCGAAAGUCACGAUUUGAAUGAAAUGUUCGGUGAUGUUAAAUUCGUUUGCAUGGGCGGAACACCAACGCGCAUGGAAAACUUUGCACAUUUCAUAAUGUCGGAAAUAGGUUACAAAUUGCCCGCCGGUACAAAACUGGAAGAUAUCAGCGCCUAUUCAUAUCGAUACUCAAUGUACAAAGUAGGUCCGGUGCUUUGCGUUAGUCACGGCAUGGGAACACCCUCUGUCAGCAUAUUGUUGCAUGAACUAAUCAAACUCAUGUACCAUGCCAAGUGUCAAGAUCCCAUAUUUAUACGCAUUGGCACUUGUGGUGGUAUCGGAGUUGAGGGGGGCACUGUUAUCAUCACCGAAGAAGCGCUCGACAGCCAUAUGCGGAAUGCGCAUGAAUUUACGAUCUUGGGUAAAACCGUAUUACGACCUGCCAAAUUGGAUAGAAAACUGGCACGUGAACUGAAGGCACUUGCCAGUGAAGAUGAUCCAUAUGACACGAUUAUCGGCAAGACGCUGUGCACAAAUGACUUCUAUGAAGGUCAAGGUCGUCUGGAUGGCGCAUUCUGUGAGUUCACCGAAGCCGAUAAAAUGGAGUAUUUGGAAAUGCUAAGCAGCAAAGGUGUUGUCAACAUCGAAAUGGAGAGCACCAUUUUUGCCGCACUUACAUAUCACGCCGGCAUCAAGGCGGCGGUGGUGUGUGUUGCGCUUCUAAAUCGUUUGAAUGGCGAUCAGGUCAACGCACCCAAAGAGGUGAUGCACGAAUGGCAAAACCGACCGCAAACACUCAUUUCGCGCUACAUCUGUAAAGUGCUAGCACAAAAGGGUCAGCUGAAAUCGCUCUGCCGAGGCUCAAUUAAAUCACCCAGGCGCUUCAAGUUGGUACAGCAGGAAUCACAGGCGCACGAAUAAGUUAAUCGCACCCCUUUUAAUACAUCACUACAUACAUACAUGCAUACAUACAUACAUACGCAUAGACGAAGAUCACUCGCUGCCAGUUUACUUGCCAGUCACAGGACUACUCGUACAGGCGACAAACGCAUAGGUGCAUACAAAAAUGCAUACCUACAUCUACGUUUAAACAAAUACUAACAAUUAUAAAUAUUUGCAUACAUACAUACACACAUACAUCUAUGAUUACGUUAACGUGAAAAGGAAACUAAACUAAUCGUUAAUGCCACUCCAUACAAAACAUUCCAAAAGCGUUAAAAGACCAAAAACUAAUUGUUAGUUAAUGCUCAGAAAAACAAAAACAAAACUCGUCUGUAAAAUAACUUUUGACUUUUGAGAAACUGCAACCAGUUAUUGUGGAAAAAUCACUUUGCUGAAAAAUUUAAUAUGGAGAAUUACGAGUAUCUAAAAGCGCAAUGCAAAGCGAAAAAUGUAUGUUAAUUCAAAUUAAGACUAUUUUUUAAGUUACGAAAUUUUAAAUUAUUUAAUUAGGUUUUUGUUUUGGUGCCAAGCAACAACAAAUAAACAAAUGUGACACAUCAACGAAAAAA